AUGGAUAUGUUAAUUUCGAUGAUACCAACAUUAAAUUCAAACGACAAUGAGAUAGAUGAUGAUGAUUCAAUGGAUUCAGAAAAUGGUAAUAAUAUAGAUAUUAUGAUGGGUAAUUAUAGAACGAAGAAUAUUUUAAAGAAAUUUGAUAAUGAAAAAAUGUUAUCAGAUAUUGAAGAUACUAUUGAUGAUGAUAAUGAAAUAUCAAUAAAUGAUUUAAAAGGAAAAAGAUUUUUGGAUAUUGAAUUAGAUUAUAAUAAUGAAACUGAUAAUUCGGAUAUUAUAACGGUAAAUGAUUCUAUCGAUACACCAUAUUCAAGCGAUGCAGGGAUAGAUUGUGAUACAAUAUUGACGACUCAUGAUAAUAAUCUUUACGAUAGUUCUGAAGCUACUCCAUUAAAUUCUGAUAAUUCUGAUAAUUCUGAUAAUUCUGAUGAUGAUGAUAUUCAACAAUCAAAUAAUUUGCAUAUGUUAGAUAACUUUAACAAUGUAAAUGUUAAUAAUAAUGUAGAUAAUAAUAAUGAAUUAGAUAAUUCUAUCGCUAAUAUUAUUGCUAGUACAAAUAUUGAUGUUACCGGUAAAACAUUACUGAAAUUUGCAGGAGUUUAUGUUAAUAAUAGAAAAAUGAAUAAUUUGAAAGCAAAAUUAUCAAGUACACAACGACUUAGAAAGGAUAAAAAUCUUCAUCCUAUCUCUAUAGGAAGACCAAAAGAUUGUAUUGAAUGGCUUAGAUCAGAUGCUGGAAUGGAAUUAUGGAAAAAUAGACAAACACUUAUGGUUCAUGUUAAAAGAUUCAGGUCACGAAGUGGGUCGGUUAAUAAAAGUCAAGUUGAAAAUCAUACCAAGAAAUUAUCACGUUCACGAACUCCUAUGCCGACCCAACGACAUGAAACAAAAAGUAGAAAAUCCUUAAAUAAAAAUAACUCUUCAAAUAAAAUAUCAAAUAAUAUUAAAAAAUCAAAUAAAAACAAUGUUGAAGGGCGUUCAAUUCUUCCAGUUAGAGGAAAAAUGAUCCCAAGUCAAACCGGAGGAAAAUCACGCUUUAUGAUGGAAUCUUAUUAUCAAAACUUUAUGAACUUUAAACGAAAUGAAGAUGAAAUUGAAUUUAGUGAAGAAUCAUUUGUUGAUUCAGAUGAAUCAAGUAAAUCCUCCGGUUCUUCUGAUUCAGAUGGAUAUGAAUCAUAUGAAGCUUCUGAUACAAAUAAGUCAAUUGAUGCUUCCGAUUCUCAUGAUUCAGAUGAAUCAAAUGAAACUUCAGAUGAAUCAAAUGAAGCUUCAGAUGAAUCAAAUGAAGCUUCAGACGAAUUAAAUGAAACUUCAGACGAAUUAAAUGAAAACUCUGUUUUUAAUUAUGAAUUUAGUCCUUUAAGAAUUAACAUUUCAGAAAAUGAACCCUCCACUCAAUUGGUAUCAAUAAAAAAGAAGAAUUCGAAAGAAAAAAAGUUUAUUGGAACUCUUAAUAUUUGGAAUGAUACGAAAACAUAUGAUGAGAGACAAUUUAACGAAAUAACUGAUUGGGAAUUACCAUUGUUGGGUUGUAGUCCUGUUCAUGAGAAUACGCAAAAUGCAUGCAUACUAUAUUCUAAGAACUCUAUGUCAUCGAUUGAUGAUAAUAUUGAAAUGUCAUCGUUUGACAUUCGGAACAACAACAAUGAAAUUAUAGAAGAAACAACCGAAGAAAUCAUUACUAAAAAUUCGGAUGAUCUCUCCACGGAGGAUGAAGAAGAAUGUGUUGUAAUAACAAGUGACGGCUGGUCAAUGAGUCAAUCAUCAGUUGAAACAGAUCUUAUUGUCGUGGAUGUAGAAUCUUUAGAUUCUAAUCAACAAUGUACGAAAAAUGAUGAAUUUUCUAUAAAUCAAGAUCCGAUAAAUGAUGAAUUUUCUAUAAAUCAAGAUUCGAUAAAUGAUGAAUUUUCUAUAAAUCAGGAUCCGAUUUUAUCAGAACCAUCUUGGUAUGAACAACGAAUUGACAAUGAAGAAGAAGAUCUAUCACAACCCCAACUACCAGUAGAUUUGAAUUCAAUCACUGAAUAUUCUGGAAUUUUUGAAAGUUUAAAUUUAUCGACUCCAACAUACGAACUUCCCGAUGAUCCUUUAUUGGAUCAAACUUUAUUCUCGAUGGCUGAUUUUGAAAUGUUCCCUCGACCAACAACUCCAGUAUCUGAAGUUAACAUGUCACUUGAAGAAUGUAUUGCGUAUUCUCGAGAAUUAAAUCCCUUAAUAGAUGUUAAUUCAUAUAAUGAUGAUUAUCAAUAUUCUGAAAUAGAAUUUGAUGAAUAUUAUUUAGAAGAUACAUUUAAAGAUUUAUUUCAACCUCUGUUAGAUAAACCGUGUGUUACAUAG